UCGUGUGAACGAGAUUCGCUGAAGCCCGCCGUGCGACGGAGUCAGAGUCGUAAUGCCCGUGCGAUCCGUCAGGCUCGCCGCCAUGAUCUCCUCUCAGAUUCUUAGCGCGCGUUCUUAUAGCGGGGCCACGUUACCCGUCGUCCAGAGUUGUCGCAGCGGAUUGGCGAAAUCGCACAGGGAUUUUAAUGGUGACCGUCGCAUAACAUCGUCGCAUGGAUCCUUGGCGACGAGCUGCGAUCGACGGAUUCUUAGCCUAAGUCGAGCGCAGAAGCAGGAAGUUACCUGGAAUUUACGGCGCCCUGAGUCUUCAUCUGUGCGAGCGUCGCAUACGUCUUUGCGAAUUCCGCUGCUCUCGUGCGAAUCUCUGAAUUUCGCAGGGUUACAUCCAACUUCUGCCAAUUAUCGAAGAAUCAUCAUUGUGCGUGCAACCGGAGCGUCCUAUGAAGUGCCGGCCGGUGCUGCUAAUAGCGGGGAUGUUGAGAACUUCUCGUUUCCAAAAGCACCGCUGUUUAUGAAAGCGCCGGUGGUGACUGGAUUCGGGCGCGGGAGCAAGCAGAUGGGCAUUCCGACAGCCAACAUGUUACCAGAUGUGCUGAGGGAGCAGCUAGAGGGCAUGGAGCGAGGCGUGUACUUUGGAUGGGCAAGGCUGCCACACUUGGAGGGGAAAGGAGAGGUGGAUGGGGGGGCGGAGGAGGAGGAUAGGGGCCAGGGAGAGCCGCAGGUGUUUAAGAUGGUGCUGAAUGUCGGCAGGCGGCCGACGUUUGUUGACGGGGAUGACGUCACCGUGGAGGUGCACAUUCUAUCCUCGUUUGAGGAUGAUUUCUAUGGCGAGGAGCUGCAAGUGGCUGUGGUGGGCUACAUUCGACCAGAAAGGAAGUUCUCCUCACUUGAUGACCUCGUUGUACAGAUCAAGUCAGACAUGUCAGUAGCUACAGAGCAGCUGGACAAGGACGCAUUUGCACCAUUUGCAAGGGACACAUUCUUUGCAUGAAGAUUCUCAUUUGUGUACAGAGUUUUA